AUGUGGUACUGGGUUUUCCUAUGGGCUCUCUUCUCCUCUCUCUUUGUCCACAGUGCUGCAGGAGUUUUAAUGUUUGUGAUGCUGCAGAGGCAUAGGCAAGGGAGAGUAAUCUCUGUCAUUGUGGUCAGCAUUGGAUUUCUGGGUUCUGUAACUGGAGCUAUGAUAACCAGUGCAGCUGUAGCUGGAAUUUACAGAGUAGCUGGGAAAAGCAUGGCACCCUUGGAAGCACUGGUGUUCGGAGUUGGGCAGACAGUACUGACACUGAUUAUUUCCUUUUCAAGGAUUCUUGCUACACUUUGA